AUCACCAACUGCAGGCAAUUGGAGUGUGCCUGGGAGCUAUGAUCUGUGGUCCCGACUCCCUCACAACCCGGAAAGCCAGUAGCGUUAUGUCAACAAGGCUGAGGGAGCCAAAAAUGAUCGUUUGAUAAACUGUUGGAGUCUAGCGUGAAGCACUAGAGCUGAUGGAUGAUGUCCCAACCCUUGGUUCUUCAAGCGUCCUAGGCUGCCUUCUCCAUCCAGAAAGGCUGGUCCACGCUCUCCAUCCAAGGAAGGCCGUGGUAGACCUGUUGGGGUGUAAUCUCUCUCCCUUGUCACUCUGGCCUCUCUGUCCCCUUUUCCCUCCUUGUCCCUGUUAUUCCCCUCUCUGGCCCCAAUGACAGCUGAGUCAGUGAAGGCCACUUCCCCUUGGUCCUUGAUGGCUCCCCUGAGGGCUGCUCCUUGGCCAUAUCCGUUAGUCUCUCGGGUAAGUCAGCUCCCCCCCCCCCCACAGUCAUAGGGCGGGGAGUCCUGGCCAGCCCCAGGCUGGGGGAGGGGGUGGACUUUUGGCCCGUUUCUUCCCUCCAUCACCGUCAACAGCUGCCGAGCGAGCAAGCGGGGCUUGGCUUAUUCCUCUGACCUGCCUGGAAGCAGAGAGCCCCGGAGACAGUCCUCAGACAGAUAGACCAGAGCCCAGAGGGAGGCAAGAAGAGGCCGCAGCUGGACGGCUGGCUGCCCUUCUCCCUCCCCAGGCUGCCUUAACACCCCUCCUGAGCCCAAGGCCCCCUGUCAAGUUCUCCCGGAGCGCCAUCCCUGCCCCUGGCCUAGGGGCUCCAGCCCCACGGGGCCAGCAUCUCCCAGCAUGCCAGUCGCAGUGGAGAUCUUCGGCUUCUUCAUGGCAGCCCUGGGGCUGCUGAUGCUGGGGUUGACUCUGGCAAACAACUACUGGCGAGUGAGCACCGUGCAUGGCAGCGUCAUCACCACCAAUACCAUCUACGAGAACCUCUGGCAGUCCUGUGCCACCGACUCCAUGGGAGUCUCUAACUGCUGGGAGUUCCCGUCCAUGCUGGCCCUGUCUGGGUUUCUCCAGGCCUGCCGGGCUCUCAUGAUAGCAGCCAUCACCAUGGGCUCCCUGGGCCUCUUUGGAAGCUUGCUGGGGCUGCGGUGCAUCAACGUGGGGAGCGUGGACCUCUCCAGGAAGGCCAAAUUAGCGGCUGUCGCAGGGGCCCUACACCUACUUGCUGGGACCUGCGGAAUGGUGGCCAUCUGCUGGUACGCGGUCAACAUCACCACAGAUUUCUUCAAUCCUCUGGUUCUUGGACCUAAGUACGAGUUGGGUCCCGCCCUCUACCUGGGCUGGAGCGCGUCGCUGCUCUCCAUCCUGGGAGGCAUCUGUCUCUUCUCCACCUGCUGCUGCGCCUUUAAGGAGGACCGCGAGGCAAGGGCCCGGCUUCCCUACAAGGCUCCUUCAGUCGUGAUGUCCCCCACCAUCUCCGAUGAAGGCUUUAGCAAAUACGGCAAAAACGCCUACGUGUAGGAGCUCUGGCCUGUGGACCCCAUUUCUCCUCUUACAGCCCCCAGCGGAGACGGUCCCCAGGACCUCUUAAUUCUCUUUGAUAACCUCAGGGCUGACCACGUCCAGGCUCCGCCCCGUGCCUGGAAGCCACGCCCCACUCUAGGCUCGCCUCGGGUCAGAGCCACGUCCUGGGCACACCACCUUCCCUGGCACUCCUUCAGCAGCUCUUCCCAGGCCCAGAACCCACUCCUGUUAACUCACUCCCCUGGCCUCCUGCCGCUGGACCCAAGGGAACUGAGGUGUCCCCAGCGUGUGCAUUCUAUAUAAAUACGCGCAUAAAUAAAUGUAUACUGUGAUUGUU